AUGGCAUCCUACAAGACAAUCCAGUCGUCUCUCUCUUCUCUCCCCUCUGUCCUUCCAUCAGACCUAAAAGCCGUGUUUGUAGGUGCAACAACCGGAAUCGGACAAUCUGCUCUCCUCCGGUUUGCGCGUGCUACAGUCUCCAAAUCGCCAACCAUCUACAUAGUCGGCCGCAACUCCAAAACAUCUGCUCCACUAGUUGCUGAAGUCAGCUCAAUCAACCCCAGUGCAAAGGUGGAAUUUAUUGAGAAAGAUGUCUCCCUGAUCCAAGAUGUCGACGAGGCGGUUAUAGAGAUUAAGAAGAGUGGACUAGACAGGAUCGACUAUUUGAUUAUGUCGGUUGGCUUUAUUUCCUUCAACGGGAGAAAAGAAACAAAAGAAGGCCUCGAGCCAUCAAUGACAACGAGAUACUACUCCCGCGCGCGUUUUAUUCACCAUUUCCUCCCACUCCUCAAUGCCUCGCCGAAUCCACACGUCCUUAACGUUCUCGCCGGUGGCGAAGAAGCGUCCAUCGUAUCCUCUGACCUCGACCUUAAAGAUCCCAAGAACUACUCCAUCAGAAACGCGGCCGUGCACUCGGCGACCAUGCUCACGUUGACCCUUGAACGAUACGCAGCCGCCAACCCAAACAUCAGUUUCGUGCAUUCGUUUCCCGGACUCGUUGCUACGCCGACACUUAGCAGGGCUUCUGGCCUGGUGGGAUUUUUCCUGCGCUGGGUUGUGUCACCUAUAGCUAUGACUUUUUUUGCCAUGAGUGUUGACGAGGCUGGGGCAAGAGCCUUCUUUUACGCAACCAAUGCGAGAUAUACGGUUGACGCGACUGAGGAUCAGGCGGCACCCAUUCCAUCCGGGCUACAAAAGGCAAAGAGAAGCCAGGGAGGCGUGUUUCUCGUCGGUAAAGAUAGUGAGGCUGCGGGCAACGAUACACUUUUGAAGGAAUUGAGGGAAAACGAGACAGAGAAGGUCUGGGAGCACACCGUCCAAGUCUGGAACGCGGCUGUUGGGAAUUGA